AUUUAUCUGGUGACUGACCUAGAUGUCAUUUUGCCCAGUUUUUCAGGAAUCCAUCAUAUUAUAGUGUGCACUUUAGAAUAUUCUUAACAGACCCAGAACAAGAUGCUUCCAGAGCACUUGAAGAAUCCCCUCCCUUCACUCUCUCAAGUCCCCACCUUUCUCCUAAACAGAUUACUCGGGAGUUAAGGGAGCCUGCACAGGUCUCUGUGAGGCUUAGAGCCGCAGAGGAAACAGAUGGGAUAAGAAAACCAGGGGAUCUAAUUACAGAGGCUUAAUCAGCAAUCCUAGGCCCGUCCAGUCUCAAGCCACUGCCCACGGCUUUUUCUUUCCCUAUUAGAUGUGUUUGUUUCAGAGUUUGAAGACGACUGUUUAACAUGGAGAAAGAGGAAGAGGAUGAUGAAAUCUUUACAGCAACUCCAGGAGAAUAUGAAGAGAGAGAAGAUGAUGAGGAGCAGGGGGAAGAGGAGGAAGACGAACAAGAGGAAGAGGAGCCGGAGGCCGAGAGGAAGAGCAGCUGGGAUAUCCCCAUACCGAGUCGAUCGCUGGCCAGUCGCAGGGCUUCACUUCCAUGCCCGGCUCAGCUGAAAGCAAUGCACCUGAGUCGCACGCACUCUGCUGCCGUGAUCCCAAGUCCAGCUUUCCUGAGCCACUGUCUCCAGAGUAGCGCAGCGCGGCCGUGCUCUCGUUUCAGUCAUGUUGGCAAAAAUGAGGAUGUCACACACACCAAGAGCAGCUUAUAUGAACGGCAGCCGCACACCAUCUCUACCAUCCCAGAAGUGCACGAGCCUCUGGAGAGAAAAGCAAGAUUUAGGAGCCGCAAUGUUAUGUCUAUGAGUGAUGCGGACAGUUUGUGUUUAAUCUGCCAUGACGACCUUCGCAAAGGAGGAGGCGUGAUCAGAGAGCUUCACUGCUCCCACAGCUUCCACAGUGAGUGUAUAGAGGAGUGGUUGUGGACCAAGCAGACCUGUCCCACAUGUCAUAAACAUGUUGCCAUGCCUGAGCCGCUGUACUGGACAUCCACCAGAGUAAUAGUGCCCUAAACCUGUCCAGCAAGCCCUCAAACAACACAGGACAUCAGCUAACGGGGACACAAGUUGGGUAACCAUUAAUCAUCAGUUACGAAGCAGACAACUAACAAAGGAUAUGGAAGAAACGACUAUUUUCUCCAAUGAAAAGGUCUCAUUUGACAAUUCACAAAUAUAAGGUUUUGGAUGGGUAGACUUUGCUGUGUAAAUAAACAAGUGUGUAUUUUUUAAAGUUGUAUUUACAUAUUAAGAAAACGAAUGUGAUAUUUUCUAUUGUGAAUAUCGUUUUCCGCAUCAAUGUGAGUAAAUAUGAGCUGUAUUCUUCCUAUAUUUAGAUUAUUUGAAAGUUUAUGUGAAAAAAAAAUCGUUUUACAAACAUGUAAUAAUGAUUGUAGGCCUGCACUGUCUGUUUACCAGAUGUGUACCUGAAUAACUGUUUAUUUAUUACACUUAAGUACCAUUUGGUGGAGAAUUUGUGCUUUCUUCAAGACCAUAUGCCCAGUGAAAAAUGAAUAAUGUACAAUUUCCCUAAAUAAUACUUGAAGUAGAGAGUAAAUCUAUCAGUAUGACUCGGAUUGACAGAUUUAUACUGAAUUUAAAAAUAGAUACAAUACUGAGCUAACAAAUCAUAAUCAUAUUCCUGUAAAGCUUUUUAUUGAGGACUGCAAAUAAAAUAUAUUUGAAAUCAAA